AUGGCGAACAAUAAUAGUACCGAGAUCGAUCCAACACCAUCAGUCGAACACACGAUUGUGACUAUGAAUCAACAAAUAGAAACGCCAAUAGGAUUACAAGCAGCACCAUUAGAUGAACCACCGCCGGCAUAUGAAAUAACAGCAUCAUCAAAUAAUCCUGAUGGAAGUGCACAGGUUGCUGCCGCAUGCCUAGUUAUCGAAGCUCCACCGCCCUAUUGUCUUGUUGAUCCCAGUAAAAUACGUAAUUUGGAACACAUACCACAUCAUGUUCAUAUAACACCAGUGGAAAUUAUCGAUUUGAGUAUAAACAAUAGCCAUCAUCGAAAUGAACAGUCAUCUCGUCUUGAUAACCAUCCGGUAAUAACUACUUGGUUAGCAUCUGGUUCAAAUAUGGAUAUCGGUACUGAUUGUACAUUUCUCAUUGCUUUUAUAAUUGCAUUCUUUUUCAAUUGGCUUGGCUUUCUUGCGGUCGUUUGUCUUAUACCAACUAUUGCUGCUCGUUUCGGUGCAAUGUCGGGCUUCGGAUUGAGCGUAGCCAAAUGGAUAACUGUAAUGCGUUAUCAUGAAUUAACUAAUGCAUCAUUUAUCCAUGAUAACAUGUCAUCACCAUUAACACAUCGCACAUCAGUUUAUGAUCCGGCACAAAAUUUCCUCUUUGCUAUAGUUUUAUUUGCUGGGUUUUUUCUUUUCAUUCGGGGUUUAUUAUCCUAUAUAGCCGUAAGAAAUCGCGCUAAUCAACAAGGACAAACAGCUGAUGUUUUUACUUGGUACUAA